AAUUCUUAUCACUGUACUAUCAAAUUUCUGAAAUUUGCAGGUAUUCUAAUCUUAUGCAAUGUUCAGUGCUGGAGCUGAUGUUUUCAUUAGAUGUCUAAAAUGUGUCUCUGUUUCAAAACAAAUUAGGUCUCUCAUGCAGUGGUCAUUUCAGGCUUCAGUGCAUAAGCAACCUGUCUCUGAUAUUUUUAGCACCUAUGGCAGUCAUGCCACAGGACGUGCUGCAAGCAGCCUAUGUCCACCCUCAAUGCUUUGUCAUCAACCAGCAAGAAGCUUGUCAGAUAGUCCUGUGUGGAAAUUGGGGCGUCUCAACCACAUAGCCAUAGCAGUACCUGAUUUGCAAGCUGCUGCAAGCUUUUACCAGGAUGUCCUUGGUGCUCGUGUCAGCGACCCCCAAGCUCUGCCUGAACAUGGUGUCACCACAGUCUUCGUUGAGCUGUCCAACACCAAGCUAGAGCUCCUCCACCCUCUGGGGGAUGCCUCCCCCAUUGCUAAAUUUUUACAGCGCAACGCGGCAGGCGGGCUGCACCACGUGUGUCUGGAGGUGUCGGACAUCGAGGCUGCAGUGGAGACGGUGCGCGCGAGCGGCGUGCGCUGCCUCGCUAAGACGACCAGCAUCGGCGCGCAUGGCAAGCCUGUCAUGUUCCUGCAUCCUGCAGACUGUCAUGGCGUCCUUGUGGAGCUAGAGCAGGAAUAAUGCUCAUGUUCCUGCAUCCUGCAGACUGUCAUGGCGUCAUGGUGGAGCAGGAAUAAUGCGUAGUUUACGGCUCCGUUUCUCCGAAGCUGAGUAUAUUUACUGUAUUUUUGAGGCUAGUCGUUGGUUCGUGGGCUGUUAAAUUUGUUGUUGACGGCUGCAUCCCUGCCAGCCGAUCUGUGGUCAAUUUUUUCUCACUGGCUGCGUAGUAUAAUAAAAAGUUAUCUUGGGGGCUGUUUUAGUCAGGUGUGAAAUCUUAGAAUCAUGUACAAGAAAUGUAAACUAAAUUGUUCUGGUUAAAAGUGAGACUUGCUUACUUACUUAUUCUGUGCCUGCCCUAGAUCAACCCAGCUAUGUGAUAGGGCAUUGUUUCUUAGUUCAGUUCCGUCGGUUUUAGAAAUCAAUUAUUUGAUGAAUCGCUCUAUGAUACGAUGCCAACUCCCCUUUGUUAGAAACCAUGACGUAAAAUGUAUUGAUCUCUUCCUUACCACGCAUUACUGCGUGGCAAGUCAGAGAUCAUGAAAUUUUUAUGAAAGUUGAUACGUAAAAUAAUUUCAUUCAAUGCAAUUGACAAAAUGUUUGAAAACGUUACAAGUUUACACUUUAGAAAAUGUA